GCGCAUGCGCGGCGCCGCCCGACCGUUGGGCGCCCGCUCCUGUUCAAACGGCUGCUGAGGGUGCGGGCGGGCCAUAAGGGAGCGGAGCGGAACCGGAGCGGAACCGGAGCCCUGCGGAAAUGCAGAUGGCUUUUUCUUCAAAGAAACAAUGUGUCGGUAAAACACCAGAUCCAGAGUUCAACAAAGAUCCUAAUUUUAACUUUAGCUCCAAUAUUCCAGUAGAUGGUGUCUUCAAAGCUACAAAUCAAGGGUUUCCUAAAUCUGCCAAGAAAGUAGAACCACUUUUGAAGAAGACUGCUACAAGAGGGCCUCUGAGCAGAUACAAACUAGAAGCAGAGCUGAAAACCAAGAAUCAGCUGCUAGAAACAGCCAAGCAGCAGUUACACACCAGACUAACAGGAGCACAGAGCACUAUAAAGGAAUUAAAGGAGGAGAAUGAAGGCCUGGUGCAAGAAGUCGAGAAGCUCAAGAAAUUUCAGGAGACGUGCAUGGUCAUUUUAGAAAGCAGAAACAUUGAUCCUGUUACAGGCAGCAACAUUGUGGAGGAGGAAGAAAAGACAAAGGAAUGCCAGAAGCAGACAAUGCUGUUGACUGAGAAGCUCAUAGCAGAACUGAGGGUAUUUAAUCAAACGGCUGAAAAAGAAAAGGAAGCACUUCAGACGGCAAUGGCUAAGUGGAAACUGGCAGAAGAAGAGAGGCAGCAGUCCCUGGAGAAGCAUUCUUCCUUCCAAGCAGAAAUAAAGGAAUGUUCAGCAAUACUCGAUGAGUUGGAGCAGCUCCUGGCUAUGUGAGGCACAAGGAUGGACUGCGCUGCUGUUUCUCGUUUUACUCCUAGUUCAGCGGUCUCUACUUUAAAACCUGGUCCCUCUGUCAGGUCCAAAACAGUGAGCUGGGCAGGCUCCAGAGCAAUCCCUGGCGGAAUAGCACCUGCGGUGUGGGAACAAAGUAGCAGCAGCAUUGGCGAAGCGCUCAGAGCUCCUGUUUUUUUCCUGGGGCUUAUCCUGGACUCUUUCGUAGUAAUUUUUUAAGUGUUAAUAAAGUGUUUUCGAUUAAAGCUUUCGGAAAGA